AUGCCAUCUCUUCGAAAGGCGAUCGAAAAGCGGCGACCUCGAGCCGUCCUCGUCCAAGAUUUCCAUCAUUACAUUUUGCUUCUUGGCGGAGAGGUUCUGAAGGUCGGGGGCGCACAAAAGUUCAUCAAACUCGCCGGGAACUGGGCCACCCUAAUCAUAUCGCGGACUCUAGCGGCGGAUGACGAGAGAAAUCGAAUCGGGGAUACUGAUGCGGCGAUUCGCGACCUCGAACUAUCCCGUCAGUUUUUCCGUGCGCUGGAAGAGAGCCCUUUGAAACAAUUCUACUUUGGCCGCUGUCUUUCACUUCUCUUGCAAUGUUAUACCAUCCGUGGCGCCGAGAAUCGAGCCUUGGAAAUCGCUACAGACACGACGGAUCUUCUCCAGACGUUUCAGGCUUUGAGUGGCCGGAAUUCAUCCCCUCGACGCUAUAAUGACGCCGCGGACAAUGCCCUAUUUAGGUUAAUACACCCUAGGGACGUUUGGUGUGUCAGAUGCUUGUGCGACCUCGUGGAGUUAGCCACGGUUUACCUUGGCCUGCGACCGCCCCAGGACGGCUCGUUUUACACCACCAUCGUAGAGAUGUUGGUGAGACGGCCGGCUCAAGGCGUUGCCUAUAUCUACAAUCUUGAGAAGGAGUUUGCGCUUGCGCUUAGCAUCGCUGGCUUUGUUGACGAGGCUGUGCUUGUCUGGCGCAGGCUAAUAAGUUGGAAGGACAAGCCUGUUCACCGUCCAGACGAGGAAGAAGAUGCGGUGAGGUUCCGGCUGCUUGCCUGCCUCAUUGUUACGGACGAAGUGGGUGACGAAACCAUGAAGGAAUACAAACUGGUAGAUGUGGCGCAUAGCAUGAUCCACUACGAUCAUGGCCAGGUCCUUCUUUACCUUGCCCGGCGACUGCUGUAUCGGAAAAAGAUGUACAGCGAACUCGUCACCCUCUGUCACCGCAUUCAGCAUCUUUGCGACGAAAAGUAUACGCCUAGAAACCUAUUGUCCGUGAUUAACCGGUACUACGCAGCCCGCGUACAGAAAAAGGCGGGGAGAUAUGAUCUCGCGAUUGAGGAGUAUCGCGCGUUGCUCACGCUUCUGGAACGGUUUCUAGCGUGGGACGAUGACGAUGACCUUGCCGCAGCAUCGAACCACACUUUGGAACUAUCGACCCUUCGCGGUGAUACGAGGAAGAGUCUCGCCCACGCCUUGCGCUUGGCUGGGCGAACAGACGAGUGCAUUUUUGAGUAUCGGAAAACUCUCGAGGAUGACCCCGCGGGAUUCCUCGGCAACCGCAAAACUAGGCGCGGGAUUCUGAAGACUCUUGCACACUUGUAUGAGGAAGGUGAGGAUGUGGACGAGGCUAUUCUUGCCUACGAUAUUCUGUAUAGAGAAUACCUUGCAAGACCAAUGUCGGAGGCGUCGGCGGUGAUAAAAUGCAGCUGGUACCGGGGAAAGAUGUUCCAUCUCAUGGGUGAACUGGACCACGCCCUUGAGUUGUUCCGCUACGCAGCAAAUGCCUGCGCGGUUAGGAGGAUGGAGAACGCCAAAACCCGCUGGCCAACGCCGGAUCAAUUACAACUAGCUAGGAUGACGAUUGAAAACGCGGAAUCAGAGGAAGAUCGGCGUGAUCCAGCCCAGACGGAUGCCGGGGCGUCAAAGGGCCCUAAUGUGACGGAGACUACGGAAGAGGCUGCCGAGCCUAGCUCGAGACCGGUCAAGGUUCCUGCUGAUGAAACGGCGAGGCAGCGACCCGCGGGUAUGUCAUCUACGCCGAUAGCGGAAGAGCCCGCCCCCGCAGAGCCGGGUCCUGCUCCGGCAGAACCGGGCGUCUCCAUACCCAACCGGGUGCGUGUAGCCCAUCUCGUAGGGCUGGACUUUGACGAUGUAUUCGGGUACGGCGCGGAUGAUGAAGCUGCUAGUCUUCGUGACCAAAGUAUCGACGACAAGGAUCGCUGGUGGGCGCAAACUAUCAACGACUCCAUUGAGGCGGUGGAACGCGGAGAACGGAUUGAGAACCCGGCACCUGCAGACCGCUACGACUCGGACUGGGACGAUGACAUGCUUGAAUUUGAGGGCCAGGGCGUAGGGGAUGCGCCAUUCAUGAGCAUCGGCAGGAGGUCGAGUGAUGGAGUUCUCCCGCGAUUCGCGGAUUUACCGGCGACGUUUGAGGACUACAUGCAUGAGGUAGCAGAUCGAAAAAGAUAUACUUGGCGAACUCCUCAGAAGAAGGAGGAUUCGGCGAUAUGA